ACAGGCUAAUUGCUAAGGAAUCUCUUUUGGAAAGGGCCAGACCUUCAAAGUAAAUCCUGUGGGGUUUUUUUCAUUAAGGAGUUGUGGUCAGAUGCAGCUUCAGUUAGGACUGCAGUAGAAAGCAGAGAAGGAACGAAAGAAGAGAGAGAACGAACGAAGAGGAAGAUUUUAUUUAAGAGAAAGAACAGAAUUUGGCAUCUUUGUUCUUUUAAAAACUGUAACAGAAAGUUUCCCAGUUUACAGCUUCAUGGAUCUCCCAGCCAGAAUUUCGAAAAUAUUGCUCAGUCUGUUACUAUUCAGACUACAAGUGACGGUACAAAGUCCAUUUGAUGCCUGCUGUUUGAAUGGAUUGGAGUGGGCUACUGAGAAAAAGGAGUGUAAGACUCUACUCUACGCACUGGAAGACCCAAACUGCAGAAUAGCAAAGGAACAAUGUUGUCGAGUAAAGCUGGAGGAGAACCACUGUGAAGAUGGCAUAAACGUGGCCAGAGAAAAUCAUGCAUGCACGACAUUUAACACUGCCAACGACCAAUGCGACACUGCUAAGAUAUGUUGUCAAUGCUGUCAUCUUGGUAAAGCAGCUAAAAUGAAUGGACAUAGUUGUGAAGCAAAUCAUGCUCUGGGAUACCACUGUGGACAGGUUUACAGAGCAUGCUGCGUAGGAGGUGAGGAAGACAUCAACAAUCCAUUUACCAGCAACCAUACAGCAGAAAAUUCAGCCCGAAAUGCGCACAACCAGAGCCCAGGUCAUGAAAUCAGAAAGCCAGAACAGGAGGAUCCAUUCCUGAAUGACCGUUGUAGAGGAGGAGGACCCUGUCAUCAGCGUUGCACCGACACGGGGACAAAUGUCAACUGUUCCUGCUACGUUGGCUACAGGCUGAGUCACGAUCACCGCACAUGUGAAGAUGUCAACGAGUGUUUGUUACCGACUAAUCCAUGCCAAAUAGGACAGCGUUGCAUCAAUAAUAUCGGGUCCUAUCAAUGCCUGCGUGAGAUAGGAUGUGGCACUGGAUAUGAACUGACUGAAAACAACCAAUGCAGAGAUAUCGACGAAUGCAAGAAUGAUUUACACAAUUGCAGGUUCAAUUUCAUUUGCCAGAAUACACAGGGAUCGUUCCGUUGCCGAUCGAAUAUCCAGUGUGGAUCUGGAUAUCUGCAGGAUGCUUUGGGCAACUGUAUUGACAUCAAUGAGUGCAAUGGAGCUGCCUCGCCCUGUCAGCCUGGCUACACCUGUUUAAAUAACAUUGGUUCAUAUAGCUGUCAGCACAAUGUGGUGAACUGUGGCCGAGGCUAUCGACUUGAUGUGGAUGGAUCAAACUGUGUGGACUUUGACGAAUGUGCAAGUCCUCAGAACCCUUGUGGUGAAGGGCAUUUUUGCAUAAACUCUCCUGGCAGUUUUCACUGCAAUUGCAAGGCAGGGUACAAUUUCAACAGCAUUUCCAAGACGUGCGUCGAUGAAAAUGAAUGUCGUCGUUACUUGGGUCGCCUCUGCGCACACAAUUGUGAGAACACUCCUGGUUCCUACCAUUGCAGCUGCAGCAAAGGCUUUAAACUCUCAUCAGAUGUGAGAAACUGUGAAGAUGUGAAUGAAUGCGAAACCAAUCCCUGCAGUCAAGAAUGUUCUAAUGUCUUUGGUUCAUACCAAUGUUACUGCCGUCGUGGUUAUCGGCUCAGUGAUGUGGAUGGAAUAACCUGUGAAGACAUUGAUGAAUGUGCAUUACCUGCCGGAGGCAACAUUUGUUCAUAUCGAUGUGUCAAUGUUCCUGGAAGUUUCCAGUGUGCCUGCCCAGUUUCUGGCUACACUCUUGCACCGAAUGGGCGGAACUGUCACGAUAUUGAUGAAUGUAUCACAGGGAUGCACAACUGCUCUGGAACAGCGACUUGCUUCAAUGUCCAGGGGAGCUACCGCUGCCUAAAUUUUGACUGUCCAGAAAACUAUCGAAAAACUGGCGAGGCUCGCUGUGAGCGCUUGCCUUGCAAUGAGAAUCAGGAGUGCCAAAGCCUGCCUUUAAGAAUAACCUACUAUUACCUCACUUUCCCCACCAACAUCCAAGUGCCCACCAAUGUCUUCCGAUUCGGGCCCUCUCACGCUCUACCUGGAGAUAACAUUCUCCUUUCCAUCACCCAUGGCAACGAGGACAACUAUUUUAAUGCACAAGAACUGAAUACCCACAGUGGAAUUGUGUUUGUACAUCGGCAAAUCACAGAACCCAGGGACUUUCUUCUCAACGUUGAGAUGAAGCUCUUGCGUCAUGGAGUCACCAAUAUUUUUGUAGCAAAAAUCUAUAUUGUUGUAACUGCUGAGGUUUGAUGACUUUUAUUUGGUGACUCGUUAGAAUGUUGAUUAAUAUUGUUCAAUGCUAGUUAACCCAAUAAUACACUGACUGAGAUAAUAAAUAUAUAGACUUUCCUCUGUUUCUUAUGCACGUCCAAGUGGCCUAGUACACUGCAAAGUUUUGCUUUACCUCCAUUGCAAAUAUCGCAGUGCGUCUUUCUUUAUACUCGGCCCAAUUAUCUACAUCCUGACAUUUACUGUACAUGCUCCAUGGCUUAAUAAUAAAUCUCACUGCAUGACUACUGUCCCUUUGUAAACAAAUGGGGGGGGGUGGUGUACAAUUAUGACAAAUACAUCAUGUGAAUAUUACUCAAAAUAUAGUAAAUAAAUGGAUUUUGAGGUACUGAACCCCCCCAUGGAGUAAACUGUGAAUAUCAAUACAUUUUAAGUCAUUUGUUUAAUGGUUUAUCAUUUGGAAGAAACACAUAUGGGAAAUUUGUGGGAAUAAAUAAUUUCUUAGAAUAUAGCCUACUCUACAGCUUUGACCUACAAUGCAUGUGCCAAACAUGAUUCCAAUUUAAACUAAUCUCUGCUUGCCCAUGAUCCACAUCCCUUCAUUCUGUGCACAACCAUGUGCCUAUCUAAAAGUUUCUUAAAAAAACACAAUUGUAUCUAGUUUCACCACCUUGCAACAGUUCCAGGCACCUACCAGUUUUGUGCAUAAAAACCUGUUCUGCAUAUCUCCUUUAAACUUUUCCCGCGCGCCUUAAAUUUAGACCCUCUAGUCUUUGAUAUUUUCACCCUGGGAUAAAGGUUCCAACUGUCUACCCUGUCUAUACCUCUCAUAAUUCUAUCAACAUCCGAGUUCCAGAAAAAAUAAUCCAAAUUUGUUCAACAUCUCAUAACUAAUAGCCUCUAUUCCAGACAACAUUCUUGAACACCAGUUAUUGUGACAUCAUAAUGAAGAUUAAUCUCCUUUCAUUUUUCUACUAUAUCCAACCUUGUAUCAACAUAGCAAAAUGAGAAUGAGAAAAUGGACAACAACUUGCAAUCCAUUAAAAUUUCCAGAGGACCCAUUGAGAGUGAUUCUUCCGCUCAUCUGCAUUACACAAAUGGAAAGGGUAGCCUUAGACACACAAGUAAAAUCACAUAAAUCCUCUUCAUACUACUUACAGCUUUUGCAGCUCUUGCAUUUGUAGAGGUAGAUAAAGGAGUGAACUACAGAAUCAUUCCCUGGGGGUUUUGUUUACAGAAGUGGUUCAUUGCCAAGUGUUCUUCGGCAUUCUAAGCAUAAUUACCAUACAACACAUUUGAAAGGCGAUUAAAUAUAACCUUUGUGCUGUUAUGUGCUUUUACAUUUCUGGAUUUUUGCUCUGCAGAUUUAAUGCACUAGAAUUGCACAAAUAACCACUCCUUAACCUCUGCUAUCAACAGAAUACUUUGUACAGCUGUGACGUCUCAAAACUUAUGUUCUAAUGAGCAAUUUCAAAUUUGUCAAUUGAUCUUUAAUAAGUAUUUCAAUUAACUCGCCAAUUAUCUACUUGAAUUGUUGAAAUUGCCCCCCAAAAAUAUUAGAACAAUUUAUAUACUGUGCAUUUUUUAGUCAAGUUAGUAAACUAGAUUAGUAUUUGAUUAAGUUGAUACUAUUUUGGACAUUACUUCUGCAAAAUUGUGAAAUAUGCGACCCAGAUUACCUUAACAUUAUCUUAACAAACGUGUGCUUUUCUUAACUCUACUCAGUUUAUUAAUGACACCAGACACAGAAUACAUGGAAGCUACUGCCUAACAUUUUAUACUAACAGCAGUACAAUGCUUUUUUACUGAUAUGAUAUCAGUAUGAAGCAAGAUUGGAAGCAGGUAGUCAAAAUUGCUGGUUCAGUGAUCUGUGUCUGGUGUAAUAAAAACCCGAGUAGAGUGAUCUAUCGAUACUGGUUAUCUUGCAUCUUCCUAUUUGUAGCUCAUAGAUGUCAACUGUUCUGCUAGGAUUGUGAUCCAUGCCAGCUGAUCACCCCAUUUGAUCCUAGGUCUGGCCCAUGGAGGCUCCUUGAUCAGCCAUAUUCCAAUUCAAAUUUUGUUUAGCACAGUCGCUACAAUUAAAAUGAAACUUAGCAGAGCAGUUAUUUAAGGUAGACAAAAAUGCUGGAGAAACUCAGCGGUUGAGGCAGCAUCUAUGGAGCGAAGGAAAUAGGCAAUGUUUCGGGUCGAGACACCUCUUCAGACUGAUGUGUUUAGUUUUGUUUAUUGUAUAAUUCAUUUACUUCCUUUAUAUCACAAUUUAUUAAAUAAAAUGUAUUUCAUUAUUUGGA